CACCACUGAACGUUCACAGUCCACUGACGUGAGAUAAGACACCACCGUCCAGUAUUCAGUGCCGCUGACCGCUGUCCUACCGCUCCUACCUUGAGCUGUUACUGCAGCGAGUGAUGGUAACUAUGGUCUAGGCGGGAUGGAUAAGGGCGGAGGUCAAGAGGUCACCCUGCUGGAGAUGGGAGGUAACAAUGGCGUCCACAAGGACAAGCACCUCAUGAGGCUGGAGCGGAAGAAGAUGGAGGGCGGGAUGCUGCAGGACGACAGGACGCCGGAUGAGGACCGAGAGGACGAGAGCUUGAAUGACGUCUUGGAUGAUGACGCCAGUGAUGACUCGUCCAGCGUGGCUGAGUCACAUCACUCGCACGUCCUUGACCCCAACUCAUGUAAGGGUAAACUCGCCGCCUACCUGAAGACAAACGUCGUGCAAUAUUUCGUCAUCUUCCUGGUCGUGGCUGAUUGCGUCAUUAUUGUCCUGGAACUCCUGCUGGACAUGGAGAUCAUCAAAUUUCCAGAAGCGAGUCACGAGCCAGAUAAUUCGACGUCACACAACGUCACGCAUGGACACACUGACGAACAUGCGCAUGGACACACAGAUGAUCACAAACUGGUAGUCUGGAACUCCAGUCUAGAAUCUUACAACAGUACCCAUAACAUUUCAGAUGGCCACGCCACACCCCACCACCACACCAACAAGGAGAAGGCUGAACACGUCCUCCACGCACUGAGUCUGGCCAUCUUGUCUCUCUUCAUGAUAGAGGUUUCACUCAAAGUUUUUAUAGAAGGCAAACACCUGCUGAAGCAACCUGCCGAGGUGUUUGACGCCAUCGUGGUCAUCGUCUCCUUCACGCUGGACGUGGUCUUCAGCUUUAUCUCAGUGGCCAGCGCUGCCCAGGACGCCGCGGGUCUCAUGGUCUUGUUGCGGCUCUGGAGGGUCACCCGAAUUAUCAAUGGCGUCAUCCUGUCCGUCAAGCUGGACGCCAAGAAAAAAAUUGACGUCAUGAAGCGCGCGCUGCGUCACGCGGAGCACGAGAACAAGAGGCUUCAGCACAAGGUGGACAAGUUGGAGAGAGAAAACGGUGUACUACGGGGCAAAAGGAUGAACAAAGAGCUGAGUGGGGACGUGGGGCACAUGAAUAAAGAAUUAAGUGGUGACCUCACAAUACAGUCUGAUACACAGAACAACUGCCUAUUCGAGAACAACAUGCACGAAAUUGAACUACGUGACCUCAGCGACAAAACAUAA